AUGGCGACUAAUCCAAGUCAAUACUUCCUACUUGCGGAUCACAUAAAAUUAUCAUUGCUGGAAAGACAACGUGCUAUCUCCUUGGAUUUGGAACCUACAUCUCAAGAUGGUCAUAUUUCACGAUCGUUGGAAUCUUUACGUGAAGGCUUGGAGAAUAUAAGGAAUGAAACGAUACGAUUGGAAGAAGCUGGGGAGACAUCCCAAUCCCUCACUCUCAAAGAAACCGAAAAUACCCUUCGGUCUCAAUAUGACGAUUUAGCAUCCCAAUUCCUAGGCCAUCCAAACUCCAGUACCCCCUCAACACUCUCUCAUCCCAAUGACCCCUCCCUUUCGGACGACUUCGUCCGAGCGACCGAACGCCCACGAGUAGGAUCCUCAUCAUCCUUCCUCAAGAAAUCAUUGCGCGACUCAACCGUCACACAAUCAUCCAAAUCAGUCCGCUUCAGCGACUCACCCUCAAUUCAAGAAGCCGACGAUCCCUCUCGCGCAGCACUCUUCCCUUACCGCGAUGACCCCACUUCCGGUCCACCCGAUCAAAGCCAUCUUGAUAACCAACAAAUUCACGCAUAUCAUACUCGGGUUCUCGCCGAACAAGAUGAAGCACUUGAUAGGCUCGGAGAAAGUAUUGGACGACAGAGAGAGCUCAGUAUACAAAUAGGCGACGAAUUAGAUGAACAUGUACAGAUGUUGGAUGAGGUAGAUAGAAAUGUGGAUCGACAUCAGACUAGACUGAACAAAGCGCGAAAGCAUCUAGGGACAGUAGCGAGGAAAGCAAAAGACAAUAUGCAAAUGACUAUCAUUUUGAUCUUGAUCAUUAUACUAGUCUUGUUAAUCAUCAUAUUAAAGUAG